AUGCACUCGCUGCCACACGCAGACCCGCAAACAUCUGCGCACACGGACAGCUCCGAGUCCACGGAACCCGCGUCAGGAGACCAGGAACCCGCAGAGGGAUCCAGCAGCGCGGUCACAGCUGGAGACACGGCCCAUUCCGCGGAUUAUGCCCAGAUCAGUGCUGCAGAGACAGACGCAUACACGGGGAAUGCGCCCAAAAAACACCAUUCUGCGCCCGGAGAACGAGACUGCAGCAACAACACAGAGAAGCGGUCUCCCAGCGCGUCAGACAGCGACGAAUGUACGGAGCGUCUUUCACCACAGAAGGGAAAUCCAACUCCUAAACUAGAUCUCGGUCCGACUGAAGAGCGCGUCAGCGGGGAAGCCUGCUCAGCCACGACGGCCAACAAAGCAAACGAAAUGGAAGCCGACCGACCGGAAAGCUGUGAGGACGAGGAUACGCGGCAGGGGGACGGGGCGGCCGCAGCAGAGCAGAAACGGCAAGAGGAGGAGGAGGAGGAGGAGGAGGAGGCAGAGGCUGAGGCGGCCACCAAAAAGAGGACGAUGAUGUGCAAGGAGUGUGGAAAAGUCUUCAACCGGCGAGAGACAUUCAACCUGCAUCGCCAUUUCCACCUGCAUGAAGACGAGCUCAAGCCGCUCACUUGUAAAGAGUGCGGCCUCACGUUCCAGCAGCGCAGCAGCUUCAUCAAGCACCGCAAAGAGCACAAGCAAAAGGAUAUGGAGGGCAACAUGAAAACGCACCAGAAGCUGCAUCAAGAAAAGCCAUUCCGCUGUAGCUCCUGUCACAAAGGGUACAGCGACCAAGCUCAACUCGACACGCAUCUGCUUUGCCACAGAGGCGAGAGACCACACCGAUGUAACAUCUGCGACAAGGCCUUUGGGUUAGCCUAUCAGCUCCUCGACCACAUGAACACGCACACAGGGGCCAGACCGCACCGGUGCGAGGUCUGCAACAAGUCGUUCACCUGGUUGAGCAGCUUAUUAGUGCACAAGAAAGCUCACAAGCGGCAAAUUCAAAACACUUUAGAGAUGGAGGAUAGCAUGAGUCGUACAAGCAAGGACAAAUGGGCCGCUUCAAGCCCGUUCGAGGGAUUGGGUUUGGUCGGUUUGUCUGACAUUCCAGUCAGUGAUGCAGAGAUGCAUAAGAUUGUCGACCAGCCCCCUCCCAUAAGUGCAGCCUCCUUGGAACAAACACCACAAAAAAUGAACGAGCUUCCGCCUCCGGUCCACUGGAAAGCAGACAUCGGAGGCGAACUUACGGCGGUUUUAUCUCCCCACAAGGCCUUUUUAGCGUUGCCCACACAGCCACACUCCAUGCCUGGAAAAGUUUUAGUGUCACCGCACAGAAUGGAAACAUCGCCCUCCUACAUUAGCCCAGGCCCUUCGUAUGUGCCACAAAAAACGGUUGCGACAGAAACGGAGCAGCAAAGACAACUACAAGCAGUGUGGAGCAGCCCACAGUCCACAGUAGCUCCAACAAGCUCUCUCCUAUCAUCGCAUGCUGUAUCUUACAUUGAUGGUGCAGCGUUGUGGAGCGUUAGACCUCCUGCAGCCAAUCUGAAUUUGCAUAACUCUCCGAAAAAAAUGAAUAAAGACAUGCAGUCGCCAACGUGGCAGGGCACUCUGAUGCCCAGCCAAGCUAACCUCCCGUCUCCUCUUCAAAAGGGAGAGUUGCAAAAAUGGGACAUGGCUUCUCCACAAGUGCAGGCUAUUAUGCAGUCAGAAAAGGCUUGGGUUUCAGGUUUAUCAAACGCAUCGACUUUAUCUCAAAUGCCCCCGCACGGAAUUGGAGCUCGUUGGGACAUACAGACAUCUCCCGGCAUGCAAAAAGCCUUGAAAUCUCCUGACCACCUCUUGAGCAGCCCGGAUUUCCAAUUACAGCAGAAGCAAUUGUUGCCGUUUAUGUCGAUUCCGUUUGAGCCGCAACGAUUCGCCCAGACCAUAAGCGCACCAAUGUGGGGGUUUCAGAGUAACCCCGUGGCAGCACAGGCCAUUCUCAAAGCUGGAAACAUGCAAGAUCUUCAGCAGCAGAAUGCCAAGUUGAUCAUGAAUCAGCCGCCUCACUUCUUCCCACCUCUUCAAUCUCUGCCACCCCUCGGUCUUCCGCCAUCUCACCCUCUCCAUUCGGUCUCAGUCGGCGUGUUCCCUAGACCGCCGCAUCCAAAUCUGUUUUUCCCGCCUCAGGUCUCGCAGGUGCUGUCUCACAAACUGGGCCCGCCACGGCUCGCCUUCCCGACUGAUCGGCUUCCCCAGUGCAUGAUCUGCGGCCGCACUCUUCCCCGAGAGGUGGAUCUCCAAAUGCACUACAUGCAGCACGCGCAGGGGGAGAUUUGA